CAUAACCUCUUUUCUCGUUGAAGUCAUUACUUGAUAACAGAAACAGCGAAAUGUAUACUUAACAAGUAUAAACUUUUACAAAUGAUAAUUCAUUUCUUGGUAAUUCAGAAAAGACUAAAAGUGACGUACAAUGGCCGCUGUAUUGAAAAAGCGAGCGUUAGCUGAAUAUAGUCAAACAAUCCAGGAACCACCAGUUGUUCCGUUGAAAAAACUCCGACUAGUAAAGAAGCCAAAAGCGACCACAACCACUUCUUUUAUAACCCUGGUUAAUCUCCUUGAGGAAUGCAAGGAUAGUGGUGAAACACUAAAAAUUAUACUUCAGAUAUCGGAAACUGAUCUGAAAGUCUCGGAAAUAGCAGAAGCAAUUAAAAAGUUGAGUGACCAUUUCAAAGGAGAAUGUGAAUCAACUGUGAGGGUAAAGAUUCUAUCAUUAUUGUGUGAUGUAGGACACAUUAACAAUUCUGAAGUUGCUACGAUCAUUGACGAGACAAUUUCUCUUAUAAAAACCGAUAAGUCUCACAAAGUUGUAGCUCAAGGCAUGAACUCCAUAUUGAAGCUAGGUAAACUUGUCCCAGAUAAUGCUACAGCAUUCCACCAGAAACUGGUGGAUGUAGCAAAAACUUACUUGAAAGAUACUAGUCAUGCUGUCAAACGCAAGUGUUUGGAAAUAAUUGGUGUGCAUUCACCAUUAUGUACAGAUGAAGGUACUGAAAAAUUAAUUCAUUUAAUCAGUUCGUACUUCAAUAAUGAUGAUGCUAGAGUAAGAUGUCAAGCUUUCCUAACGAUAGUAGCAUUGCAUGAAAGAGGCUUCAAAAUAAAUCCAAUAAUUUAUGUGGAUGUAUGUGAAGCCCUGAAGGAUGACUAUGAGAUAGUGAGGCAUGUUGUAUUGAAGCUGAUAUGGCUGUUGGGAAUUUCAUAUCCAGAGAAUGAAAUUUUACUGCCGGGUAGUGAACAUGAAAUAAGACUGAUAGACGAUGCUUUUGGUAAAAUCUGCAAUGGGGUGUCUGAUCUAUCCAUGAACGUAAGAACUCUGGCUGCCAGUCUUUUAGGUUCCAUGAAAUUAGUUAGUCCAAAGUUUCUGAAUCAAACUUUGGAUAAGAAACUCAUGUCCAAUAUGAGGAGAAAAAGGACAGCCCAUGAAUUGGCUUGGGAGAAUGUUACUAGUGGAGAGUGGGCAAGUGGAAAAAAAUGGGCAGACGAUGCACCUAAGGAAGUUAUUGAUGCUGAUAGUAUCAGUUUGAUGAGUAGCGGUGCGUGUGGAGCAUUUGUACAUGGAUUGGAAGAUGAAUUUUUAGAGGUUAGAUCUGCAGCAGUUGAAUCCCUGUGCCAACUAUCUAUAAGUAACCCCCAAUUUGCAAAUAUGGCUCUAGAUUUUCUGGUAGAUAUGUUCAAUGAUGAAAUUGAAGAUGUGAGACUGAAAGCUAUUGACAGUUUGAGAAUGAUAUCCGAACAUAUCAUACUAAGAGAUGAUCAAUUGGAAACAAUUUUGGGUGCCGUAGAGGAUUUCUCUCAAGAUGUUAGGGAAGGAUUGCAUAGGAUGUUAGCUUCAUGCAAGAUGUCGACAACUGCAGGUCUAAAAAUGUGUGUGGAGAAGUUGUUAGACAACUUGAAAAGGUACCCGCAGGACAAAAGGUCUACUUUCAGAUGUCUACAGAAAGUUGGAUCCCAACAUCCGGAGUUGGUGUUGCCCCUGGUGCCACAAUUCUUGAACAUUCAUCCAUUCUUUGAUACUGCCGAACCUGAUGUGGAAAAUCCUCAGUAUAUCUGUCUUCUGAUUUUGAUACUGAAUGCUGCCAAACACUCUCUCACAAUAAUGCAGUUGCUUGAACCCCAUACCAUCAGGCAUUAUUUGUAUCUAAGAGAUACAAUGACUCAAUAUGUGCCCAUUCUCAACCUUCCAGAUUCUAACUUCAACUCGUUAUCGAGACCAAUGUCUGUUCCUGAGAGCCUGAACUUCUUGAAUAAUGUCAUAAAUAAUUUGGAUAUGGCGGAGAGUUCUGUAAGAGUGCACACUAGCCUUCUGCAAACUGCCAAAGAACAUCUACACAGAUUGAGCGAAAUGGAUUCGACAGUAGCAGGUACAGCUCAAUUCACAGCUCUUUAUAUUGCUGCACAACUUGAGAUACUUCAGUUACUUGAUAAAGGUUUCUGGGCUAAUCCUGGAACAUUAGCAACACAACAGGCCAAUAAUCUUAAAACAAGUAUUGACAAUCUAUUGCAACUUUGUUUGAAAUUGCAGUUUUUCUUUGUUGGAUUGAGUUCAGUUGAGCAGUGCGCUGUGAAGCAGUUUAGACUUAGAGCCCUGGCACUGAAUUUAGUUUAUAUUGUAAAAGGUAGCAACGCAUCUGCCUUAGCUCCAUGUCACCAUUUUUUGACUGUGGUAGAGGACAUGCAAAAAGAACUGACUCAAGCUGGACUCCAACCUGACAAUUUCACUUCAUUAGUGUUUUCCGAAUUGGCACAAUUAGAAGAACCGAAGCCGGGAGCAGUUUCUAGGAUACUUAUACCGAUUCUAUCAGAAGCUAAGAUGGGAAAAAUACCACGACCUAAUGUAAAUAUUUGUAUGAGCUCUGCGGUAAUCUUGGAACCUAGUGGGCAUACUGACACGUCUUUAAAAUUCACAGCUGGUUUGAUUAUGUCAGUUCCUUUCGAAGCUGAAUUGCGAUAUUUGAUGGACCCAAGUAGGAUAAGACUGAAAAUCAAAUAUCCAGAUCAGAAAACUCAAGUUAUCUUACCGAGGCCUGCACAUCUGAAACCUCUCUAUUAUGAUUCCGCAGAAAAAGAUUCACAUAUUGGCCAUAAUAUGAGGCUUUUAACAUCAGUUCUAGUGUCUCAUCAAGUUUGGUCUGAACCUUGUGAUGUAGAGAUAAACAUAGCCCUUGCGAUUCCUGAAGCGGAUAUCGGAAAGAGAAAAGUUGUAGCAGACUCCACACCAACUUUAUUAGACUUGUGCAAACCAGUGAAAGUUAGUGUGGCUCCUAAACCAAUCAAGAAAACAUUGUAAAUUCAAAUAACAAAUAACCACUAUAUGUAAAUAAUUAGCUACAUAAAAGAAUAAAUAAUUUUUAUUGUCGGGUAA